CCUGUUGUUCAUAAGUUUCAGUUCCUCAGAAAUGGCCUUAGCCCUGCCUACCUUUUGUUGUACAUGACAUACAAAUACUUUUGUUGAGCUCAGUUGAGUCUCGUCUCAGACACAGAUCCUCACUCUCAAAGUUGACAUGGCAAACAUUUUUGUGAAUGCUCUGUCAUGGAUUGCCUCUCUAGGAUAUGAGGCAUGGAUGCUACUGAUGGCAUUGUGGGAUUUCUUUUUCAACUACAAGGAAGAAAUUUGUAAGACUGUUGUUAUAGGAGCAGGAGGUGUUAUGACUGUGACCCUGACUCCUGCUCUACUGGCUGCCAUGGGUUUCACCUCAGGUGGAAUAGUAGCAGGUUCCCUUGCUGCCAAAAUAAUGUCGUAUUGUGCCAUUGCUAAUGGAGGAGGAGUUGCAGCAGGAGGUCUGGUGGCAUUCCUGCAAUCAAUAGGUGCAGCUGGUCUGUCAGGGGCCACCAGUACAGUUGUGGCUGCCCCUGGAGCAGCAGUGGGAUGGAUGCUAUCGACCAUCUGUAAUCAAACUGGAACCUCCUGAAGACCUACAGCAUGAAUAUGAACUAACUACAAAUCUUUUCUGUACUGUGAUGAAUAUGAAUAACCUAAAGUUUUCAUGUAUAUGACACAGACUCAGCUUAAAGCAUCAUUCAAAUAUAGUAGAAGUAUAGAGAGUAUAGAAGUAUAUUACUGUAGUAAAGACACGAUGCAUCUAAAAAUUCUGUGCUCUUGGAACCAUUUUUAUCUUUCAACUAUCUAUCAACUAUUAACCGAAAUAAAAUGUGUGCAAAAUAAAGCACUUACUCUA